UCAGAGUCAGAUGCGCACACAAACCCCUCCCCAGACUCUGCUGGGCCUUGUCUCUAAUUCAGCUCCUCGAGGCUGCACCUGCUCUAGAUGUCCUCUCAGAGAUUUCUCCAAGCAAAGAAAGGAUAAAAUCAGCUUCAGUUUAACCAAAAGAGUGACAAAAGAUGAAUCAGAUGAUGAAAGUCCCUUCUGUGAAACUGAGCGAUGGCCACAUAAUGCCUCUUCUGGGAUUUGGCACCUCUGCUCCGAGUCAGGUCCUGAAGAGCACGGUGGAGGCAGCCGUGCAGAUGGCCAUUGAUGUCGGCUACCGCCACAUAGACUCAGCCUACCUGUACGCCAACGAAGAGCAGGUGGGGCGGGCCAUCCGGAAGAAGGUCUCCGACGGCACCUUGAGGAGGGAAGAUGUGUUCUACACCUCCAAGCUAUGGGCCACCUCUUUCCACCCUGAGCUGGUGCGCCCGGCGCUGGAGCAUUCGUUGAGGCAGACGCAGCUGGGCUAUCUGGACCUCUACCUGAUGCACUUCCCAGCAGCCCUGAAGCCUGGGAAAGAGAUGAUCCCAAGGGAUGCCCAGGGCCAAGUGCUCCUGGACACAGUGGACAUCUGUGCCACAUGGGAGGCCCUGGAGGAGUGUAAGGAUGCGGGGCUGGUCCGGUCCCUCGGCGUGUCCAACUUCAACCACCGGCAGCUGGAGCUGAUCCUCAACAAGCCCCAGCUGAAGUACCCACCCGUGUGCAACCAGGUGGAGUGUCACCUUUACCUUAACCAGCACCGACUGCUGGGCUUCUGCAAGGCCAGGGACAUCGUCCUGAUCGCCUACGCAGUCCUGGGGUCUGACCCGGAGAAACAGUGGGUGACCAAGGACAACCCGCGUCUCCUGGAAGACCCAGUGCUCAGGGCUCUGGCUGGCAAGCACGGCCGCAGCCCCGCCCAGGUGGCCCUGCGCUACCAGCUGCAGCGGGGGGUGGCGGUGCUGGCCAAGAGCUUCAGUGAGAAGAGGAUCAGAGAGAACUUCCAGGUGUUCGACUUCCAGCUGAGUCCAGAGGACAUGGAGACGCUCGACGGCCUCAACAGGGGUCUGCGCUACUUCAGGAACCUGGAAUUUGUUCAACAUCCCAAUUACCCAUACACUGAGGAGUAUUAGCAGCUGCACUGGGACUGCUCAGCCCGGCCCGGGAAGAUUCCAGUCCCCGGAAUGAAAACAAGUCUCUAAGCCAGCGUUUUCCUCCAAAGCAAGAUACAAAGCAAGAUACGCCUGGCACAGCCAGGCUCCUGCUGUGCACUGCUAUGCUUUCCAGUGGCACCGAGGGCUGGGUGCUGAGGCUGGGAACUGAUCCCAGCAGAUUUGGCUCUCGGGUAGAGUGAAUGACUUUCCUGUCCUCCAAGUCAGCUUUCCAUAGCCUGGGACCCUGGGACUUUCUAGGGGAGAACAGUGAAGUUUUAGCAGAACCUUUAAACAGUGAAAACCACAUGCUAAAGGGAAGGGAAGAGGAAGAAAGAGGAAAACAGGGAUGUUGGUGGGAGUGGGUACUGGUGAAGGUAUUGGCAUCUGAACUCACACUCAGUUACGAAUAACUCUGUGACUCUCUGUAAUUCACAGUGAUUCAAUGAAAAAUAAAAAAAAAGAUAGGAAAUAUAUAAAAUCCCCACUGCUCCAUAUUUAAACUAUUCACAAUAAUUUUAAUAUAUUUAUCUUUUGAAAUUUUUAUAAAGGAGGAAAAUGCUUCCUUCCCAAACAAGGAAGAUAUCAAACUAGAUGGAAAGAAGGGCAUGGGUCAGAGAUAAUCUAACAAGCUAGUUUCAGCCGCCCAUAAACUUGAUCAUUACAGGAUCUGGUGCCACCUAGUGGCGAAUUCGUGACAGUGCAGAGCCCUAGACGAAAAGCCGGAUUGUGGAUUCCAGAUUUGCACUUUUUGCCUAUCUGCUAAAAUUAAUGUAGCCCCAAAUGAACCUCUCAGGCAACGCUUAUCAUUCCUGAACAUGUAAAAAUCACAAUAUUUGGAGGUAUCAGAGGUGAUACCCAGCUCACCAAGGUCGGGCAACUUCACACAGCAAGUUUGUAACAUUGCCUCCAUAAGAUAAGUCAGUGAACAGAAUUUCUCCUCCACUGAGGGUGGUGGGAAUUGUGCUGCAAGAAAGCUCCCCACUCAGAACAGAGUGUGGAGUGUUGUUCCAAAAGGACAAAGUAACAAAUACAACUUUCUCAGGGAGCCUCUGUCUGCUCAAAGAGAACCUUGUGUAAUUCUCAGAUUCUUGCCACUUUUUUCAGGUAGGUCAUGUAUGCCUCCGUGUUCUAAGGAGCUACUUUGUCUCCUUUUGCUCAGUAAAAAGCCCCAACUACCCCAGUUUCCUCAGGGAGAACAAUGUGCCUAAGUUUAUUCACAGAGGUCAUGUGUGCUUCUUUUUCUUCAGGAAGGUGGCUGUGUGUGGCUCAGGAUUCCUCAGGGAGAAAUUCAUGUGUGCAUAUUUACUCAGGAAGAAUGCCACAUGUGUCUUCAUUUUCCUCCCAGAUGAGGUUGU